UAAUGAGGUAGUGAAGACCCCGGAGUUGGGAGGUAAUAUAAUAAAGGAAAAUGAAUUGUUUUAGUGAGGUCUUGGGGUCAGUGAGAAGGCGUCGUCGUGAUGCUCCUUUGUCAGGGACGGUGAUCAAGGUUGCUUGUCUCCAGGAUCUAUUGCAACACCUGGCAGGCAACACCACUAAACCUCUCAACACAAUGGGUAACGCCGCCAGUGAAAUUGAAAAUGGAUCUUCUCCCAAGAAAAGUUUACAGUGGUCUAGUGGCUGCCGCCCUAACUAUGAUGAACCCCCUGAGUUUUUGGUCAAACUCGCCAAGAUUCUGGUGGUGAAGUCCCUUGCUGAAGACAACUUGGAUGGCAUCACAGAAAAUGUUUUCCUUAAAUAUGUGUGUAAAGCCAACCAGCCUCUUGGUAAACGGUUGUUCCACUACCUCAUCACUCACUGGCAGGAGGAGUCACCACCAGACCCUCAGAUAGGGGAGCAAGAGACUCAGAAGGAGAACUUCGAGGAUCUUUUGUCUAGGCCAGCAUUCUUGUCCUCGGCAAAUUAUCUCAUGGGGCUCAUGACUGAUCCACAACAACUUGAGUUUUACAUUAAGGUAUUUGCAGGAGACAAAGAAAAGAUAGAAAGGAAAGAUGUUUAUGAAUUAGUUUUUGCUGCCUACCAAAUAUCAACUGUUGCACAUCACACCUGUUGUCUACCUGAUGAUAUCCUUAUGGCUGUUGUAAAUGCUGCCAUGCAUAAGAAGGAAAGUGUCAACACCAAAUAUCUGCACAGUUGGGUGUGUCAGCACUGCCCUCGCUUGGUCAUGUGGCUACACCGCUACAUUACCCACAUCCUCACUGUGGGUCACCGUACUAUACCAGACAACAAGGAUGAGGAAGAGGAUGACCGAGACACACCUAUCCUAGACUGCCCCAGCAAGUCUUCAUGUGUGACUCUUCACCCAGCACUCAUCUGGCUCCUCACAUGCACACUUCCAUUAGUGUACCACAAGCAACAGAAGAGCAAGAAUGCCCCGUCCCCCAACAAUGUGUUGCUAGAUCCUCAUGUCUUUAUUGAGAAAAUGAUUUCCGCUGUGAGUCCAACACACUGGGUCCCUUUGUAUAACAGUGAAAACCAUGGCCUCAGCAUCAACAGGUUUCAGCACCAUGUGUUUGGCUACCAUAGCGCAACUAUAAUGUUUAUAACUGCGGAAGGUGAUAACAUAUUUUGCCUAGCAUGCGACUGUGAAUGGAAAGACUCGAAACAUUUCUGGGGUGGCGAGAAUUGUUUGUGCAUGCACUUGACUCCAGAAUAUAAAAUUGUUGAAAGUGGUGCAAAGAUGAUGUACUUUAAUGUGACAUCCAGAGGGUUCCCCACUGGGAUUCAGGUGGGUAGAGACUGUACCAACCGAGCCCUCACAAUUGAUCUGAACCUCAGCUUAGUCACCUACCGCAUGAUUCCCUUUAAACUACAUUCAAUUGAAGUUUGGGGAUGUGGCGCCUGUGAAGCCAAAGAAGCCCAAACAGAGCUGAAGAAGCGAGAGGUGAGAGAUGUAGAGAACCGGAGGAAAGUUAAACUAAACAGUUCGGAUUGGUUAGAUAAUCCUGACCGUUAUCUCAUUGAACUAGCAGGCACCCGUCUCAGCUACGCUCAGUACGACAUGCCUAAACCUGGCGGAGCAUCUAAUUCAUCAUAACUGAGACUAGUAUGAGCAGUCAUCAGUAAAAACAUAUUUGUUAAACUUGAUAUUUUUUUACUUGCAGGUAUGUGUCCUAAUAUUUUUUAUGUAACUUUGCCAAUUAAGAAGGACUGUACUGUAAUAGUUGACAAUCCCUUAUCUGAAAUUUCGAAAACCGAAAGUUUUUUAUUGGAGCAAAACAUUUUUUUUUUUUUUUUCCCAACCUGGAUCAGCCCACCUGGGUACAGGUCACCGACCCACAUUGGGACCUGGGGGGCGAAAAUGUUGUAAUAAUACUGUAAUAAUAAUAAUAAUAA